AUGAGUAUUUUCGAUGGGAUAUUUAGGGGUUACGCUGUUUUGAUCGCAGCAUUUGUGGUUCUGGCGGAGACAGAGUGGGAAUUCAUCAUCAAGUUCUGGAGGCCACUUUGCCACAAAGAUGAGCACACUGCCUUGUUGCAAUUCAAACAAAGCUUUAUCGUAGACAAAUCUACUUGUUUUGAGCCUUCCGAUCUUCCCAAAACUACAUCGUGGAAAGAAGAAGGGGCCGAAGAUUGUUGCUCAUGGGAUGGUGUGGAGUGUGAUGAGAAAAGUGGACAUGUAAUUGGCGUUGAUCUCAGCAGCAGUUGCCUUUAUGGUUCCAUCAACUCCACCAGCACUCUUUUCCACCUUUCUCAGCUCCAAAUGCUUAACCUUGCUUUCAAUGAUUUCAACUACUCUCGAAUCCCGUCUGCAUUAGGCCAUCUUUCAAGGUUAACACAUCUCAACCUCUCUUACUCCUUUCUUUAUGGUCAAGUCCCUUCAGAAAUUUUGCAACUCUCGAAUUUGGUUUUGCUUGAUUUGUCUCGUAAUGCUGAUUUCUCUGCUGAAAUAGAAUUAUUGAAACUUGACAAGCCAGAUGUAAGUAGCUUAGUUCACAAUUUGACUAAGCUAGAACAUCUACGUCUAAGUUAUGUUGAUAUCAACUCUGAAGUGCCUGCUUUCUUGGGAAAUUUAUCUUCUUUGACGUCUCUAACACUAAAAUAUUGUGGACUCUAUGGUAAAUUUCCAAAGGCUGUUUUUUCCCUUCCAAACCUACAAAUUCUUAAGUUCGAUGGCAACCAACGUCUCAGUGGGUUUUUACACGAAUUCCACAGUGGUUGUCCUCUCAAGGUAUUUUCACUUUCACAAAUGGAGUUCCGUGGUCAAAUUCCUCCUUCACUUCAAAACAUGACCCAAUUGAAUAGGUUAGAUCUUGGAGAUAAUCGGCUAACUGGUCAACUUCCUUCUUGGUUUGCAAACUUUACUCAAUUAGCUAUGCUAGAUAUCAGUAGUAAUUUUCUAACAGGUGCUGUGCCUCCUUCAUUUUCUAGACUAAGGAAUCUCGAAUUUUUUAGUCUUGCAAUAAAUGAGUUGAGUGGCACAGUGGAUAUUGACAUGUUUUUGGGAAUGAAGUAUCUGGCUUCGCUCCAAUUACAGUAUAAUAAAUUAACAGUGCUCACGAGAAGUGCUCAUAAUGCAAGUAUUCCUAAGUUAGAAAUUUUAGGAUUGGAUUUUUGUUACGUGUUUAUUUUCCCCGAUUUCUUAAGGUAUCAACAUAGCCUAAUAAACUUGGGUCUCCGUGGAAACCACUUAUCUGGCCAAGUACCUAGUUGGUUGUGGAACACAAGCAUGGCCACUGUUGAGAGUAUAGACAUUUCUCAUAAUAAUUUGAUAGGCUUUGACCAAUCUCAACUUGUCAUUCCUGGUGUUAGUCUUCGUUUCUUAGACCUUUCGUUUAACAUGCUGAAAGGAACACUGCCAAUUCCUCCACCAUCCAUCAUCAUGUAUGAUAUCCCAAACAAUGAACUUAGUGGCCAAGUCUCACCAUCAUUUUGCAAUCUUCCUUCCCUUCAGUUGGCGUGCUUCCACAAUGUUUGA